UGCGCAGUCGCCCCGGAGAAGGACGCGCUGCGCUGCGCAUCGGUGCCGGUGGCGUGCGGGAGUUUGACGUGGCACUACUGUGCACUUUCUGGAUUCCGAGCGAAGCAGACGCUGCCCAGUCUCCCAUUCUACUACUUAGGUUUUCUCCGGGUUGCCAGAUUGGCAUGAGAAGAAUCCCCUGACACCAUGAGCCAGCAGGGAUAUGUCGCGGCCCCCCCUUACUCUCAGGCCCCGCCCGGGAUGGGGGGGUACCCCACCGGCCAGCCCAUGUACGGGCACUACGGAGCCCCCCCACAAGCCUUCUCCGCCCCACCCACAGGUGUUGCCAAUGGGCCAGUAGCCACGCCCCCUCCUGUGUCUCAGUACGGAUCACCACUACAACAGAAUGGAGCUCACACACAGAGGUUCCCACCCCCUGCGGCAGGCCCCGCCCCCUAUGGCCAGCCCCCUCAGGCGUCCUAUCAGAGCGCGGCCCCCCAGGCUCCGCCCCCCACCCAGCAGCUGGCCAAUCAGAUGGGAGCCAUGCAGAUCGGUGGCUAUGGCCAAAUGCCCCAGGCCCCCCCCAGCUCCGCUCCCCAGAUGAGUCCUCCCCCAACGAUGUCCCAGCCAGCUCCACCUUCAAUGAUGUCACAUCAAGCUCCACCCUCCAUGAUGUCACAUCAAGCUCCACCCUCGAUGAUGUCACAACCAGCUCCACCCCCAAUGAUGUCUCAGCCCGGACCCAUGGCUCCAGGGCCCCAGACCCCGCCCAUGGGAUCUCCUCCACCAAUGGGAGGUGCCCCUCCGAUGACUGGCAUGAUGUCUGGCCCGCCUCCCAUGGGAGGGCCUGGAUUCCAGCAGCAUCCUGGGCAAAUGGGACCCCAGGGGUUUCCACAGCAACCAGGCCCGGGUCCAUAUGGAGGACCAAUGGGAGCGCCGCAGCCAGGGUUCCCCGGGGCUUUCCCAGGGGGGGCAGCACAGAUGGCUGGACCCCCCCAGAAGAAGCUAGACCCCGACUCCAUUCCCAGCACGACUCAGGUGAUUGAGGAUGACCAGGCUAAGCGUGGAGGGCAGCUCUACACCACAAACGUUAGAGGACAGGUGCCCCCCCUCGUCACCACCAACUUCACCGUGCAGGACCAAGGUAAUGCCAGUCCUCGGUUCAUGCGCUGCACGACCUACACGUUCCCCUGCACAGCAGACCUGGCCAAGCAGUGCCAGGUGCCCCUGGCAACCGUCAUCAAGCCCCUCGCCAUCAUCCCCAACAACGAGGUGAGCACACACACAUUCCCAGCGUUCUACUUCCAGCAUCUGGACCACAUGGGUCGGCGCAUGGACGUGUACGAGCGUCCGGAACUCUCCCUGGGCUCCUACGAGUUCAUCGCCACGCUGGACUACUGCAAGAACAACAAGCUGCCCAGCCCUCCUGCCUACAUCUUUAUGAUCGACGUGUCCUUCUCCAACAUCAAGAGCGGCCUGGUCAGACUAGUGUGUGAAGAACUCAAGACUGUGCUGGAUAACCUGCCCAGAGAGGAGGGAGCGGAGUGUUCGGCGGUGCAGGUGGGCUUCGUCACCUACAAUAAGAUCCUGCACUUCUACAACGUGAAGAGUGCGCUGGCGCAGCCCCAGAUGAUGGUGGUGUCGGACGUGGCCGAGAUGUUCGUGCCGCUCCUCGACGGGUUCCUCGUCAACUUCCACGAGUCCCGCGCAGUCAUCCACAAUCUGCUGGACCAGAUCCCUGACAUGUUUGCUGACACUAAUGAGAGUGAGACGGUGUUCGCUCCCGUCAUCCAGGCAGGACUGGAGGCACUGAAGGCAGCUGAGUGCAGUGGGAAGCUCUUCCUGUUCCACUCCUCCAUCCCCACCGCCGAGGCUCCUGGGAAACUCAAAAACAGAGACGACAGGAAGCUCGUCAACACAGACAAAGAGAAGACUCUGUUCCAGCCUGUGCGGGGUGUGUAUGAGUCGCUGGUGAAGGAGUGUGUGUCGCAGGGCUGUAGUGUGGACCUGUUCCUGUUCCCCAGUCAGUACGUGGACUUGGCCACCAUGGGAGACCUGCCCACACUCACCGGCGGAUCCGUCUACAAGUACAGCAACUUCCAGGUGGAAACGGACGGAGAGAACUUCCUGAGUGACCUGCGGAAGGACAUCGAGAAACCCAUCGGCUUCGACGCCAUCAUGCGUGUCCGCACCAGCACAGGGUUCAGAGCAACAGAUUUCCACGGUGCGGUGUACAUGAACAACACCACGGAUGUGGAGAUGGCGUCUAUCGACUGCAACAAGGCCGUCACUGUGGAGUUCAAACACGACGACACACUCAGCGAGGAGACGGGGGCACUCAUGCAGUGUGCUCUGCUCUACACCACGGUGGGCGGUCAGCGUCGUCUGCGGAUCCACAAUCUGAGUCUGAACUGCAGCGGCCAGCUGUCCGAACUCUACAAGAGCUGCGACACCGACGCACUCAGCAACUACUUCGCCAAGUCAGCAUACCGUGCCAUGUUGAAUCAGCCCCUGAAGACGGUCAGGGAGAUCCUGGUCAACCAGACCGCGCACAUGCUGGCCUGCUACCGCAAGAACUGCGCUAGCCCUUCAGCCGCUAGCCAGCUGAUCUUGCCGGACGCUAUGAAGGUGUUCCCCGUCUACAUGAACAGCCUGAUGAAGACGCUGCCCCUAGUGGGCAGUAGUGAGCUGUGCACGGACCAGAGGGCCUAUCAGAGACUCACACUGCUCAGCAUGGGCGUGGAGGACACACAGCUGCUGCUCUACCCACGACUCAUCCCUGUGCACACCAUGAGUGUGGACGGUGAUGUCGCCCCGGCGGCUGUGCGCUGCUCUGAGGAGCGUCUGACGGAAGGGGGCGUGUUCCUGCUGGAUAAUGGGCGGGGCCUGUUCCUGUGGGUGGGGCAAGCCUGCCCCCCCGACCUCAUGCAGAGUCUCUUCAACGUGCCCGCAGUUGCACACCUCCCACCUGACCUGAGCUCUCUGCCUGACCUGGAUAACGCCCACUCAAAGAAGCUGCGUUCCAUCAUCUCGUCCAUCUGUGAGCAGAGGCCUAAUUCCAUGAAGCUGGUGGUGGUGCGGCAGAAGGAGCGGCCGGAGGUGCUGUUCCGUCAGCUGCUGGUGGAGGACAAGGGUCUGCAUGGAGGAGCCUCCUACAUGGACUUCCUCUGCUACGUCCACCGCGAGAUACGACAGCUGCUCACCUAGACACACACACACACACACACACACACACACACUGCAUGGAGGAGCCUCCUACAUGGACUUCCUCUGCUACGUCCACCACGAGAUACGACAGCUGCUCACCUAAACAGUCUCACACACACACACACACACACACUCCCAUGGACACACACUCUAGUCUCUGACACACACAUACACAACCACUUUCUUUCUUUGUAUCCCUCUCUCUCUCUCUCUCUCUCUCUCACACACACACACACACACACACACACAGAGGCUCUGCAUGUCCAGUGUCUUCAGCUGCCCCUCUCCUCGGAAAUGGGAUUUAGAUGGAAUUCCCACAAGCCUCUGCUCUGGACUACACUACCCACAGUGCAAUUCUUCACCGGCACCUCUUUGGAUAUGGACUUUGGCCUGUGGCCCUGUAGUUAAACCUGUAGGGGUGUGUGUGUGUGUGUGUGUGUGUGUGUGUGUGCCACUGCUAGACACACAUCCACUUCCAUGGAGUCCUAGCCCACCCACACACUGCCUACGACGUACGACCUCCCCAUCAUGGAGUCCCAUCCCACCCACACACUGCCUACGACCUCCCCAUCAUGGAGUCCCAUCCCAUCCACACAC